CUCGUCGCUCCUCGCCAAACUCAUUUCUCAGACAACAAGCCGACACCAACUAUGGACAACGACAACGGCUCUUCUUCAGCGCCCACAACACCGCCGCAAUGGCUUGAUACCCUCGUCCACGACCUCGAGCAUGACACGGCGCUCAGCGCGAGCGUGGUGUUCGAAGACUUCCCCCCUUCCAUGCAACGACGCUUCGUGGAAGCCCUGGCCAAGAACACUUCUGUCCAGUCCAUCGAGAUUAUUGCUUCACCCCUCUCGGUGAUCAACUUGCAGCUAUUGGCUGAGACAACCCCUUCCCUCCCACACGUUCAUUCCCUCGACCUUGUUGACAACAAUUUCGACACCGACUUUGACAAGCCUCUUGCUUCCCUGCUUGCCAAGCUGCCCAACCUGGAGAGCCUCAGAUUGAAUGGAUGCAAUCUCCAAUCACAGGCGGCCAUCGUGCUGGCAGAGCCACUGGCCAACUUGAAGGAGCUGCGUCGCAUUCAGCUGGCUUCAGACAACUUGGACGACGACAGCAUUCGAGUGUUGGCAAAGUCACUCGCAAACCUGCCGAACCUUCACCAGAUCAAUCUGGAUGGCAACCGCAUCACGGCAGUGGGAGCGCAAGCCGUGAUCGAAACUGCGUGCAAGCUCGAGCACUUUGACGCCCUUCGCUUGAAUGACAACCUCAUCACCAGCGUUGGAUUCCAGGAAGCUGCGGCCAUGCUCAAGAGCUUGAAGCACCUGCGAUACCUCGAUUUCCGGAACAAUGGCCUCAGCUGUGAUGGGGUGAAGAUGCUGACCCAGUCCUUUCCGCAGCUGACAGAAUUGCAGAAGCUCUUCUUGGACGGAAAUCGAAUUGGUACCGAAGGCGUGCGUGUGCUGGCUCCAGUCGUGGGCAGCAUGGACUCUCUGCAGGAACUCGAUUUGACAAACAACGGCAUCACACAUCUUGGCCCUGAGUUUCUGGCAACAACGAACAUUUACCAGAUUGGCUUUGAAGGCAACCCCUUGGUCUGUCCGCCGGCGCACAUCGUCGUCCACAGCCGCGCCAUGACGUAUGCGUACCUGCGUGCCGUUUCACAGGGGUCUGAGUUGCUGACGCGAUCGCGGCUGGUGUUCAUUGGUGAUGGCGGUGUUGGCAAAACCACCCUCAAGACGGCUCUGCUCAUGCUCCACAGUGCAGACCGCGCACACGUGCUCAAUGUGGUCAGGCAAGCCAUCAAGAAGGCGUUCAGCAAGUACACAGAGGCCGACUUCCGCGAAUGGGUGGACCAUGACCUCAACCCCAGCGACCAACCUGGUUUCUUUGACCAGUGCUGCCAAAAAGCCAAGGGCAUCACGGGGAAACUGUGGCUUAAAAGCCCGGACGACAAGCUGCGAGCUUGGUUUGGCGGAGACGCUGGUACGGCUCAAGCAGAGCAAAUUGUGGAUCGCAUGCUACAGGCACGCCAAUUCAUUCUCGCAAGUGGUGCAACUGCACCACAGUCGCCACCAGGUCAAGGCGAUGCACCACCUUUCGAGCCCUUGCUCUACAUGCCGCACGUGUGGACGGAAGGGGUCGAAGUUGACCACUGGGAUGCCCACGACUUUGAAAUCUGGGACUUUGCCGGGGAGCUGGAGUUCUUCCCCACCCAUGAGCUCUUCCUCGCCUCACACAUGGCCGUGUAUUUGCUUGUGUUUGACGCGUCCCAGGGCUUUGAUCACGCCCUUGCGCGCGUGUGUCUGUGGCUGGAGCUGCUACGCACAUGCACGCCUCCUGCGCUGGGCCACAACCACGACCACGUGCAAGUCCGCCUUGUUGCCACAAAGGACGUGUCGUUUUCACUCGAUUACUUCCGAUCUGAGGUGAAGCAUCACGCAAGCAGCUGCUUUGACCUUGGGCCAAAGUGCUACAGAAUCGAAUACACCGAAGCUGAUGGUGGGGACCUGAUGGACCUUGACACGGAGCUUGCCAGGCUUCGCACCGAAGGCGUGCCGUACUUUCACGUGCCAACAGGGCUGACUGAUAUCAAGAAACACAUCCAAGAAAUGGCGAGAGCACAUGCGACGAGGGAUUGGCCAGUGGUCAAUGUGAGCACCAUCGACUGGAAGCACAACCACCCCGAACUUGCCGUUCUGUUUCUGCUUCACACGGCCGUCAUUUACCCUGUGCCGGGAAACCCGUCCAUGAUCGUGCUGGACCCGAUGGUGUGGCUUACCAAGCUACUGUCAGCGCUGCUGCACCCCUUGCAUGGGCUCAGCUUGUCCUUUGAUGCGGCUUCGCCCCAAGCGUCGUCAUCCCAGAUACAUCUGCCUGCUGUGGACACCUCCCAUGUGCUUAGCUCACUGGCCCAACGUGACUUGCACAUUCCGCAACAGCAAAGACACCUGCUGCUGCCGUUCCUGUCCUCAUUCAACAUUUGCUUCUCAGUGAACACAGCACAAACGCUCUACACGUUUCCGUCCCUGCUCCCACGCCGCGACGUUCACCCAGGCAUCAUCACUGCCAUCCACAAUACUGUGCCUGGGCUCGCAGCCUCGCAGCGUGUCGUGUUGGGCCGCCGGCUGCAAUGCUUUGAGGAGCACGAGUGGCUGCCCCCAACAGCCUGGCCGUUGGUUGUGAAAGAGCUCUUUGCUGCUGUGAACGAAGCAGGUGCAACGCCGCUUCACUUGAGCGCAGGCAUAUUCAUCGCACAAGUGGAUUUGGCAAACUACAUCGUUGCAAGCCUGACCCUUCUCAAGCAUCGGCGCUGCGUUGACAUUGUUGCUGUCGGCAGUCAGUCUGAGGUCCUUUUGCACACGGCCAUGCUGUGUGUUGUGAAAGUGUUGCGCGACCACUUUCCUUCCCUCCACCUACAAAAGCGCUGCUUGAUGGUGGCAUCGCAACAUGACCACGAUCAGGAGCAACAUGCCGUGCUCCAAUUGAGCAUCGUAUCCCACUCCGUGUACACGGAGAAGAAGGCGGUGGACCCUCAGGAUGUCCUGCAGCAGCUCCCAACAUCAGAUAGUGGUCCACUGUCCACCACAUACGCCCAGCGCCUUCGGCAGUUGCUGACAGUCGAAGAUCACAGUGACAGUCCACCAAUUCGGCGCUGGGAUGCUCACUGGGUGUGUUUGUUGACUGAUCCCAAGCUGGUGUCCGAGACAAACAUCCCAAAGGCGAAACAGAAUGCCGAGACCAGGAGCAUGUUUGCUGAUGUCUGUGAACAACUUCUUCACCUCAGCGAGCAGGAACGAGUGGUGCUGAGUACCCACUGCGGUCUGCAUAACAAACCCUUGGAUGGGUCGAGCAUGGUACUUGCGCUCAAAUCAACCUGUCCAAUCGGGUCAACGGUGCCCUAUCUCAGCGAGGACAGCGAUCUGCAGCCCCUGCACGACGCGAUCGAGCGCAGGAUUGGGCAUGAGCACAUAACCUGUGUGAUCAUUCGCGAACGCCAAGCAAAGCUGAAGACACUUCCAUGAGCGUGAAGACGUGUGUGUGUUUGCUUGUGUGUGUGUGUGUGUGUGUGUGUG